AUGGGCGCGCUGGAGCCGGGCACCGGCCCCCGGGCCGCCGCCCCCAUGCUCAGUACGGUCUCCAGCUUCACCAAGGACCCCCGGGACACCGGGACUCCUCCGGCUUUUUUCGGUGACGGGGGGACACCGGAACCGGGAGCUGCCCCUCUCCCGUACGGCGCUCCCGGAGGUUUUGGUGGCCGGUUCCUGGGGCCGUGCCCGCCUUACCGGGCACCGCCGCCUCCCGCUGCUCCCGGGGAGGGUUACGGGUGCCGAGGGUGCUUUCGGUACGGGGGUGCCCCGCUGUGCCCCCCGCUCUGUGCCCUGCCCGGGUACCGGGCGGCGGGGAAGGUGCAGGUGAUGCUCAAUAAUUACCCGCUCUGGGCCAAGUUCCACAAGCACCAGACCGAGAUGAUCAUCACCAAGCAGGGCAGGCGCAUGUUCCCCUUCCUCAGCUUCAACCUGUCGGGCCUGAACCCCGCGGCUCACUACAGCGUGUGCGUGGACGUGGUGCUGGUGGAUCAACACCACUGGCGCUACCAGGGCGGCAAAUGGGUGCAGUGCGGGAAAGCCGAGGGCACCAUGCCAGGGAACCGCCUGUAUCCACCCGACUCUCCCAACACCGGAGCGCACUGGAUGCGCCAGGAGGUUUCCUUCGGGAAGCUGAAGCUCACCAACAACAAGGGAGCCUCCAACAACGUCGGGCAGGUGAUCGUGCUGCAGUCGCUGCACAAGUACCAGCCGCGGCUGCACGUCACGGAGGUGAAGGAGGGCGAGGGGGAGGAUGGAUACCCCAGCCCGCACACUCACACCUUCGCCUUCCCCGAGACCCAGUUCAUUGCCGUCACCGCCUACCAGAACGCCGACAUCACCCAGCUGAAGAUCGAUCACAACCCCUUCGCCAAAGGAUUCCGGGACAACUUUGACUCGAUGUACACAGCCUCGGAGAGUGACCGCCUGACCCCGUCCCCGCCGGACCCCUCGGGCUGCCAGCAGCUCCUGCCCUCCCCUCGCUUCCAGCCCUUCCUGCCCGAGCAGUUCCCGCUGCCCCCGGGCCGCUUUUUUGGGGGGGAUCGGGGGGGGGCUGCGCUACCCCUGCCCCCCAAAGACCCUCCCCACUGGUUUUUCCCCCCUCAGCAGCCCCCAGCCCCCGGCUCGCUGGAGUUCGGGGGGUACGAGGGGAGCUACGGAGGGGGAAAAUUCCAACCCUAUGGGGUGAAACCCUUCGGGCUGCCCCCCACCCCGCACCCCCCCCUGCCCUAUUACCCCGAGGGGGGGUUUGGGGUGACCCCGGGGGGAUGGAGCGCGGGGCAGUUCGGUCCUAAAGGGACAGCGGCGGCUCUGGGCUGGUACCGGGAGCACCGGGAGGACAAGGGGAAGGAGCUGGAGGGUUGGGCCAGCGAGCCAGCCGCGGUGGUGGCCUCCGGGGACUCGUCGGACUCGGGGCUUUACGAGUGCAAGAGGAGGAGAGUGUCACCGCACCCCUCCAGCAGCGAGGUCCCCCCAGCCCCGCAACGGCGACAUCUACGACAAGGAGCCGCUGCCCGACGGGGGCUACUACGGCUACUACGGCAAUUAGGGGGGGAAAAAGAGGGGUCAGACCCUUUUUUUGGGUGUGAAUGCUCCCUUGAGCUCGGCGUGACAAUCAACAAUCACCCCCCGGUGGGGGCGCGGGGAGAGCGGGGAGGGGGUUUUAUGGAAACCUCGGCAAAUCGGCUCGGAAAGGGGGGCAGGAGGGGCGGGAUUCUGCACCCCCAAGCGCUGGGGGGACCAGCCCCGCUGCUGUGA